AAUAAUUGGAUUUUUAUCUUGAGAGAGUCCUUAAAUGUUCGUUAUUGCAUUUUUUCUGGAAAUUUAAAUUCCUCGUAGCAAAAGCUGGGACGGCACGACUAUUGAGGAUGGCGGGGGUCCAUCAGUGCACACUCAUCAUUGUGGGCGUGUUCAGUGCAACAUCCGGGUACUGUCAUCUGCCUAGCCAACUAUUGAGAGUGGUUAAGGUGUUGUGCCCUCACCAUUUUGGCCGUUUGAGUGCAACAUCCGGGUACGGACAGCGCACUGCAGUUUGCCGUACUUCUCAGCGCUUAUGCACUCAACAGUGUUGAGUCUGCUCUCAGACGACGGCAUCAUGGCGCACAUCACUAUCAACCAGUAUCUCCAGCAGAUCUAUGAAGCAAUUGAUAACCAGAAGGGCUCGCUCUGCGCUGAGCUGUUAUCAUUCAAACAUCCGCACGUUGCCAACCCCCGCCUCCAGCUUGCCAAUCCAGAGGACAAAUGCCAGCAGGUUCUUGAGCCGCCGUAUGACGAGAUGGUGGCCGCUCAUCUCAGGUGUACAUAUGCAGUCGCCAAUCACGACUUUGUAGAAGCCUACAAGUUCCAGACCAUCGUUGUUCAAUAUCCUUUGUGGUGACAUUACUUGGCUUCCCAGAUUUCACACUCCCAGUCGUUCCGACUUCUCACAUCCUUUCUGAGAGCAUUUCAGUCGCACAAAGAGGAGAACUGGGCGCUACCUGUGAUGUUUGCUGUCGCGCUUGAUCUCAGGAUAUUUGCCAACAGUGCGGAGCAGCAGUUGCAGCAGAAGGGCAAAGGUCAGCCAAGUGAGAUGCUGGAAAAAGCAGCCGAGCAACUAAUGAGCUGCUUUCGUGUUUGUGCCAGCGACAAUCGAGCCGGGAUUGAGGAUUCAAAGAAAUGGGGGAUGAUGUUUCUGAGCAACCAGCUCUUCAAGAUCUACUUCAAGAUCAAUAAGCUGCAUCUGUGCAAGCCGCUCAUCAGAGCCAUCGACAGCUCCAACCUGAAGAAUGACUACAGCCCUGCUCAGAAGGUCACGUACAAAUACUACGUCGGCCGCAAGGCCAUGUUUGACAGCGACUUCAAACCAGCUGAGGAGUUUUUGUCCUUUUCCUUCCGACACUGCCAUCGCAGCAGUCAGAAGAACAAGAGAAUGAUUCUCAUCUACCUGCUGCCUGUUAAGAUGCUGCUGGGCCACAUGCCAACACUGAAGCUGCUGGAAAAGUACGACCUUUUGCAGUUUGCAGACGUCACCAAAGCUGUCAGUGACGGGAACCUGCUGCUACUGAAUGAGGCUCUGUCCAAACACGAGACCUUCUUCAUCCGCUGUGGCAUCUUCCUCAUCCUGGAGAAGCUCAAGAUCAUCACAUACAGAAACCUCUUCAAGAAAGUGUAUCUGCUGCUGAGGACCCACCAGCUGCCUCUGCACACCUUCCUGGUGGCCCUGCAGAUGAUGAAGGUGGAGGACGUUGACAUCGAUGAGGUGCAGUGUAUCCUGGCUAACCUGAUCUACAUGGGUCACAUCAAAGGUUACAUCUCUCAUCAGCACCAGAAACUUGUGGUCAGCAAACAGAAUCCAUUCCCUUCGCUGUCUUCAAUCUCCUAGACUUUAUCACCCCGACUGUGAUGCUCCCACAAGCUCAACAAGCUCUUUUAUACUUUUUUUUUAAUGCUUUCUUGAUUUGGUACCAUACUGUAAAACAAGAAAUAAAAAGUAUAUGCUGUA